CGAUUGCAUUCCUCCCCUCAUCUGCUCUUCUGCCGUACUGAUUAGGUGCUCGUGGUGAUUGAGUGCUCUUCCAUACCUCACAAUCCCGGAGAUCCACCCAACAGGGAAACACAGCCGACUGUCCAUCCAUCGAUGGGCCAGCUUGGAGUUGUUUUAGGUUCAUACUCGAUCUAUUCUAUCUUUCGGUUGUCGGUCUACUUUCUGACCUCCUACUUCCCUACUUCUCUGCGCCUCUUCUUCCCACCACUGCACAACCACCUCUAUCGACGGUCAUCUCCUCGUCCACCGCACACGCACCCUCUCACUCUUCUAUCCUGACUGCGCCGGUCGCAUCUACGCUUCAUUCUUCAUUCUUCUCUGCGACAACCACCAUGGCCUCGAUGAAUGGUGGCCCCAUGCCAUUGGACCUCACAAACGCAAAUCGUCAGACACUUCCGCCAGAUGGUUCACAGAGUCAACCCGGAUCUCGACCUUCUACCAUCGGCGUCGAUUUUCUCAAGUUCUUUGGUGGUACGCAGAAGAAAGUCACGCGAGAUGGGCAACCGGCGAAACGACGAGGCCCGAAGCCGGAUAGCAAACCGGCCAUGACCCGACGACAGGAACUGAAUCGCCAGGCCCAGAGAACCCAUCGGGAACGUAAGGAACAGUAUAUCCGCUCGCUGGAGACGGAAGUGUCCCGGUUGCGAGAGGCCUACACGCAGGAGAUCUCGGCGGCCAAUCUAACGGUCGUGCAACAUCGAGACAUGGUGCAAACGCUUUCAGACGAGAACACUAUCCUGAAAGAGAUCCUCGUGGCCCAUGGUAUCAAUUUCGAGCCGGAACUCGAACGUCGCAAGGCGGAACGCGGGAGCAUGGGCUAUCAUUCGAGUCCUUUUGCCAGUAGCAGUGUCGCCUCGCAGCCGAGCAACGUCGCCCCUAACGGAGGUGCCGUAUACACCACGCCGCCGACGACGGUCUCUGCCAGCUUGAGUCCGAGUACCCAUGGAGUCGAGCAGAUUGAUGUAUCGCCUGUUCAGGAGCUGGCGCCGCCGCAAUCAGCCUAUCAGGCUGCUCCCUGUGACGCCUUGGCCACUCUCGAUCAGAUCGCUCCCGCCAGCCGCGCCCCGAUCCAGCUACCCGGCAUCUUCGAGGCGGAUCCUCAGCUACAAAUUGAUUUCAUCUUGACAUUGGAAUCCCCCUGUCGAGAACACACCGACUACCUCUGCCGCCGAUCGAUCACCGAGGCAGACGAUGAAGACAUGCCGUUCUCAGGGCAUGCGCUGAUGGCCACCUGUCCACCUCCCAGCUACAUCGCCACGACGACGAACGAGCAAACCUACCCACACAAGACGUACGACCUGCCGCACGUCAAUUUGACCACGCUCCUCAAUCUCAGUCGACAAUUGGUGACGGAGGGGCAGAUCACGCCCAUCAUGGCGCUGCAAUGCCUCAAGAAUCACCAACUCUAUGGUCGGCUGACUCGGGAAGACGUCAAAAUCAUCGUCGAAACUCUCAAUACCAAGGUCCGCUGCUAUGGUUUUGGGGCCGUGGUGGAAGAUUUUGAGCUUAUGGAUUGCCUGACCAGUGUGCUGGAUACGAAAGCCGAGCAGCAUGUCUGCAAUCCUGGCGAUGAUCUAUCCUAAUUAUGACGGGCACUGAUGAGCAAAAGUACUACCGGAGUCCAGGGUCUCUCUUUCCCGCCCCUCUUGUUUCCCCUUUCUCCUUUCCCUUCUUCCAACGACAUUGUACAUAAUCGGCAGUGAUCUGUCACGGUUCCUGUUUCUGUUCCGUUCGACGCCAGCCUGACAUGCGCCUGGCCUCCCCAUUCCGUGGUCUCGUCCCACCUCUCUGUUUUUUGUCGGCGGGUGGCUGCGUAAUGGGAGCUGCUGUGUUCGAACUCAGCCCGCACCACCACGCCCUGUACAACCAACUGUGCAACACUGAAGAUGUCCUGUAACGCAAUGUGAUGAUGACUACUAAAUAUAUGCAAUAUUU